AUGUCUACCUCUCCCAAACCUUACGCGCCGUCUAUUGCCUCAUCACUCUCGUCUACCUGGGCUCACAGCUCUCCAUUUGCUGCGCACCAUCAUCCAACAGCCCCGCCGACUGGAGCCCCUGGCUUUUGGGAGCCAGAAUUCGACUGGGACAAAGGGGAUUGGCGCUCCGACCCUUCCAUUACUGACUCGAAGCGGCGCCUCCUGACGGAAAAGGUUGAUCUACGAGGGCGGGGCUUGCAAACGUCUCCGGUUCUCCUCGCAGAAGUUGCAGCUUUGAUCAGACCUUGGUUGCCCCCGUUAGCUCGACUACCUAAGUCCUGGACGCUUCUGUACUCCCUCGACCAGCAUGGCAUCUCAAUUCACACCUUCUAUCGCGAAAUUGCGAAGUCAUUCGAACCUCCGAAUCCGAGCAUUGGAGGGUGUGUUCUUGCUGUGCGAGACGAGCGAGGAGGUGUGUUUGGAGUGUGGAUUGGAGAAAAGAUCAGGAUGGGCGGAGGCUCGUAUUAUGGCAGUGGAGAAAGUUUCCUCUGGAAGCUGGUUGUUCUGCCCAAGGGUGAGGAGGCAGGAAGCAUUAAGGUAUUCAAAUGGAGUGGGAAGAACGAUUACGUCGCCCUUUGCGAAGAUGACUAUAUAUCGUUCGGCGGAGGUGAUGGUCGAACAGGGCUGUAUCUAGACUCGGCGUUUGAUCGAGGUUAUUCUGAAAGAUGUCCUUGCUUUGAGAACGAGCCGCUUUGCUACACCACUGAUGGAGUCAAGGGUCGAUUUUCGUGCGUCGGACUGGAGGUAUGGCGAGUGGGUUUAUAG